AUGAAUCAGAUCAAAUUGCCGUCGGAGACAAGCGACUCUGCGUCGCUGAUUCUACAGUCAAUGAAGAAGGAAAUGGGCCGGGAUAUUCUCCCACACCGUAAUCUCGGGAGAUAUCGGAACAAGUGUAUCUCGAUCCUCGCUGAUUUGUGGAAUAAGGCCGAGAACGAGUCUCCCGUUGGGGCUGCGACUACAGGAUCAUCCGAGGCUAUUCUUCUGGCAGGAUUGGCGAUGAAACGAGCCUGGCAGCAAAAGGCUCCGACUGAUGGCAAAAAGCCGAAUGUAGUCGUUGGCUCCAACGCGCAUGCAUGCGUGUUCAAGUUUGCAGCCUACUUUGAUGUCGAGGCACGAGUCAUCUCCGUCAAUGCCGCCAGUCAGUUUGUGGUAGGUAAAAACCAAGUGGCGGAGGUGUUGGAUCAAGAUACAGUCGGUGUCUUCCUUACCCUUGGCAGCACGUAUACAGGGCAUUUUGACCCCAUCAUGGACGUGGCUAGCGAGUUAGAGAUAUUUGAGCGAAGAACGGGCCACUUCAUUCCCAUCCAUAUCGAUGCGGCCAGUGGCGGCUUUGUGGCGCCAUUCGAUCCAGCAUGCGAAGGUCUUAUCUACAACAGGGACUUUCGCAUCCGUCAGGUGCAAUCGAUCAAUGCCUCCGGACACAAGUUUGGCUUUUCCGCGUGCACCGUCGGAUGGCUUGUGUGGCGAGAUGUGUCUUGUGUUCCUGAUAACCUGUUGGUGGAGUCAAGCUACUUGAGAGGGACCCAGUCGGCAUAUACACUGAGCUUCUCGCGGUCUCAAGCCCCAGUUGUCGUCCAAUACUUCAACUUUCUUCAUCUAGGCGUGGACGGAUAUCAGCAGAAGAUAACUGCCCUGCUGUCAGCGUCGCGUAGUUUCAGCCAUCAACUCAAUACCUCUCGAAUCUUCAAGUGUAUAAGUCCAGGCCAUCAGCCGACCUCUCACCUUGAUAACAUUCAACAGCACCUGUCUCUCUGUAAAUACACGGAUUACUCAUUCGAAACCAAACAAAAGGACCAAUGCCACCCUGGUCUUCCUGUGGUUGUUUUCACAGCCUCAAAAAGUGCCCAAGGAAAUAUCCACCCGACUCAACUUUCAGACCUCAGCAACUGGAUGUUUGAGAAAGGAUUUUCCAUUCCGCACUAUACUUUGCCCAAAUGGGGCGAUCAAGGGCAGAACAUGGAUGUUCUUCGAAUUGUUAUUCGCGAGGACGUCGUCCCUCAGCUGCCACUCGUGUAUGAAAUGCUGAUGGAAGGAGUGCAGCGUCUUUUGAAGGUGUCGGUGGAAUGA